CGCAGCGCAGCGGCCGUCCUCCGGAUUCCUCCCCACUCCCAGAGCCUCUGUCUCGGCGGCUCCAGGCGGUCCGGCCGGGUCUGCGACCCAGUGGGAUGUUAGUGAGUCCGGGUUCUGCUCGGGGCUUUUCUGGACCGAACCGAGACCAGGCGCGUCUCCGCGGCUCUUCACCGCCAUCCUCAUCCUCAUCCUCAUCUUCGGCUGCAGAGGUGUGAAACGUCAUGACUGGAGCUGAGACUGAGGAUGAUAUUCCUCUAGGAGAGCGGAAAACCGUCACCGACUUCUGCUACCUGCUGGAUAAAUCCAAGCAGCUGUUCAAUGGGCUCAGAGACCUUCCUCAGUACGGACACAAGCAGUGGCAGUCGUACUUCGGCCGGACCUUCGACGUCUACACCAAGCUGUGGAAGUUCCAGCAGCAGCACAGGCAGGUUCUGGAUACGAGGUACGGCUUGAAGAGAUGGCAGAUCGGAGAGGUCGCCUCCAAGAUCGGGCAGCUCUACUACCACUACUACCUCCGGACCUCAGAGACCAGCUACCUGAACGAAGCCUUCUCCUUCUACUCGGCCAUCCGCCAGCGCUCCUACUACUACCAGGUCAACAAGGAGGACAGGCCUGAACUGGUGGUGAAGAAGCUCCGCUACUACGCUCGCUACAUCGUCGUCUGUUUACUGCUCAACAAGAUGGACCUAGUUAAAGUUCUGGUGAAGGAGUUAUCGGAGGAGAUCGAAGACUACACCCAGCGCUUCAACACGGAGGACCAGCUGGAGUGGAACCUGGUUCUGCAGGAAGUGGCAGCUUUCAUCGAGGCCGACCCGGCCGUGGUUCUGAACGACAACAACUCGGUGUUGGUGACCAGCAACCGGCUGCAGGACGGCAGCGUUCCCCCGCUGGAGCAGGGCAUGGUGGUCGGCCAGCUGGUCCUCGCCGACGCCCUGAUCGUUGGCAACUGCAACAACCAGGUGAAGUUCAGUGAGUUGACCGUCGACAUGUUCCGGAUGCUGCAGGCUCUGGAGAGGGAACCCGUCAACCUGGCAACGCAGACGGCCAAACAGGCAACGCUGGAGCCCAGUGAGAAACCAGCCAAGAGAGAAAACCCCCAUAAGUACCUGCUGUACAAGCCGACCUUCAGCCAGCUCUACACAUUCCUGUCGGCUUCCUUCAAGGAGCUUCCUGCCAACAGCGUCCUGCUGGUGUAUUUAUCAGCUACUGGCGUUUUCCCAGCAACACAUCUAGACUACGAAGGUCCGUAUGACUUCGGCGGCGUUCUGACCAACACCAACAGGGACGUGGUGAACGGGGAGACGGUCCAGAAGAGGAACCAGGCCCAGAAAGAGAUGCACUGCCUUCAUCCUGGAGAUCUGUUUCCUUUCACCCGGAAGCCGCUCUUCAUCAUCGUGGAUUCCUCAAACAGCACCGCCUAUAAGAACUUCUCCAACCUGUUCGGCCAGCCGCUUGUGUGCCUGCUCCCGACCGUUUACCCAAAGAGCGUCCAGGAUCAGUCUCAGCGCGGCAGCCUCUUCACGCUCUUCCUCUACUCUCCUCUGCUGGGCUUCUCCUCCGUCUGCGGCCUGAGCAGCGUGCCGGGCUUGUGGGAGCGCGCGCAGGACUUCCUGCGGAAGGUGUUCCGGGACAUCGGCCAGAUGCUGACCCGAUCCCGGAGCAUCGAUCAGGCCUUCCUGCAGUUCUUCGGGGACGAGUUCCUGCGGCUGCUCCUGAUCCGGUUCGUGUUCUGCUCGGCGACGCUGAGGCUACAUAAGCUGUUCCGGGAAUCCCGGAGCUUCCCGGAGUCGUACCCGGAGCUGCCGAAGCCGGACACGGUGGAGAGCGUGCUGCUGCAGAAGCAGGUGCUGGAGCUGGCCGCCAUGCUGGACGUUCAGAGCUUAUUCUGGGACGAUUCGCUGGAGAGCUACUAGCGUCUCCGCACCGGACUCCACCAGAACCAGAACCAGAGCAAACAUUGACAGUGGGUUGUUCAUAUUUAUUUAUUGUUGCCAUGGGUUACGCUGAGGUACCUGGAGGUUGGAUUAUCAGCCGAGAUGCGUUCAUGUUCGCUCUGUUUAUUAUUUAACCAGAUCAUCUGGUUCCUCUGUGGGCCUCAGAGUUUCUCUUAUUGCUGUGAGUUUAAUCCAUGUCAUCAGCUCUUCUCUGCAGAGAUAAAAGCACAAAACCUCCGCAGCGCCCUCUAGUGGGACGCAGCGCUCUGGCUACAGGAGGUGAACAUUCAGAGUUUAAUUUGAAGGCACAGAUUCAUCACAUACUGAUGAAUUUCAAGAAUUUAUUUCCAUGCAUGUUACUGGUGCACACUUUUUCCCUCCACUCAACUUUCCAUUUAUACGGAAUGAGAGCCUCCUGGUGGACGGCGUCAGUAACUGCCUGCGGUCCAAACCAGAACAUUCCAGUAAAAAGCCUUCUGAUUGGCCGGAUUUAAUGAUCGGCUUUCAUUCGCUGUCGGUCAUAAUCAGAUGAAAAAAAAAGAAAUGCUUGAAAUGUGUCACAUUGUGUGUAAUGAAUUUAAUAUUUAAUAAUAUAUGGAACUGAAGACGAGCCCGGACACACAGCCGUUUAUAAAACUACACAAGAGCAGGAAUAAUUUGGGUUAUUUAUGUUUUAAAGUCAGAUUUUCAACAUGUUCAAACUGUUUACUUGAAACAUGAUGAAAACACGAUUCUGAAAAAUGAAUCCUGUUUUUCCUUUUCCUACAAACCAACUAUCUGAUUAUUCCUGCUGGUUUUUGUUUGUCUCUAUAAACGUUGCUUUAGUUUUUCCUCGGAUCGUCUUCAGGUUGAAUUUUGGAUCUGUCGCCGUGAUGCUGCGGCGCCAUGAUGCUGCAGCGCCGCAGCACCGUAAUGCUGCAGCGCCGUGAUGCCGCGACGCCGCAGCGCCGUAAUGCUGCAGCGCCGCAGCGCCGUAAUGCUGCAGCGCCGUGAAGCCGCGACGCCGCAGCGCCGUAAUGCUGCAGCGCCGCAGCGCCGUAAUGCUGCAGCGCCGUGAAGCCGCGACGCCGCAGCGCCGUAAUGCUGCAGCGCCGUGAUGCCGCGACGCCGCAGCACCAUGAUACUGCAGCGCCGCAGCGCCGUGAUGCCGCAACACCGUGAUGCUGCAGCGCCGUGAUGCUGCAGCGCAGCGAUGCCGCAGCGCCGUGAUGCUGCAGUGCCGCCACGACGCUGUGGUCAGACGGGACGUCUGUUCUGAACCUGGAACAGAUUCGGAUGAAAGGUUCUGAUUCUGGUUCUGGACGGUUUGUUUGUUUUAGGAUCACGGCUGAUGAGAAAGCAAAGUUUUAUUUUUCGUCUUUCCAGUAUUUAUUGAUAUUGUCAGAGUGUGUGUUACUGUGUGUGUAUGUGUGUGUGUGUGUAUGUGUGUAUGUGU